AUGAAAGAAACUCUCUACAAACGCGACAACAGGAGCUCCUUAACCCCUAAUGGCAAAAAGGCAGGAAGUGCUGGGGGAAAUGCCGUAUCUUUGUGGGAGCCUCAUCUCGGAUGGUGGUACGACUGGAAUCCUGCGCAAUCUAGCAGUCACAACACGGAAUACGUGCCAAUGCUGUGGGGCGAUGGUGAUGCCAGCGAGCUUGACUCACAACGAUAUCAAAAGUUCGAGACCCUACAAACAACCUCGAAAUACCUACUAGGAUUCAACGAGCCGGACUGCUCUCCUCCUGAUUCAUCAAGCAUUGCUGAGGAUAAAGGAGCUCAAGUGUGGAAUGACAUGAUUGCUCCUUGGGGCCAGAAGGAUGCACUUUUGGGUAGCCCGGCGAUGUGCAAGCAAGCUGAUGAAGACUGGUUGACUCUAUUCGAAUCCAAAAUUAGCCGUGACUGGGACUUUACCGCAAUCCAUGUUUACAAGAAUAGUAUGGAUGGAGUUAACAAAGAUUUGGAUCAUUAUUGGGACACAUACGAAAAACCCAUCUGGGUCACCGAAUUCGCAUGUGUCGAUGACCAGAAUGAAUUUACUCCAUGCACCGAUCAAAAUGAGAUCAACUCAUUCAUCAAUGACAUUGUCGAUCUCUUCGAGGGCGAUGAUCGUGUAUAUGCUUACGCUUAUACCGACGGCGACGGACUUGGAAAUGUUUGGCCACCGACAAACAACGGCCAACUCACUGAAAGUGGACAAUCUUACCUGAGUGCAAUUAGCAAGUACUCUUAA